CCUCCCGGCGCGGCGCUGGCUGCGCUCCGCGGCAGAGCGGGGCUGCGGGAGGAGCCGCGGGAGGAGCCGCCGAGCUCGGCCGCUUUGUGCCGGCAGCCGCCGCAGGACGGCCGCGAAGCCAUGGAAGAGUUAAUAGUUGAGCUGCGCCUGUUUCUUGAACUUCUGGACCAUGAAUAUCUAACUUCCACUGUCAGGGAGAAGAAGGCAGUAAUAACUAACAUUCUCCUGAGGAUACAGUCAUCAAAAGGUUUAGAAAUAAAAGAACAUGUCCAGAAGCAAGAAGUCGCCAACAGUUUGCCGGCACCUCCUCAAAUGCCUCUGCCAGAAAUACCUCAGCAGUGGCUGCCACCAGAUAAUGGGCCUCCACCACUGCCAACAUCUUCUCUUCCUGAGGGCUAUUAUGAAGAGGCAGUGCCACUUAGUCCUGGGAAGGCUCCUGAGUACAUCACUUCCAAUUAUGACUCAGAUGCUAUGAGCAGCUCUUACGAAUCCUACGAUGAAGAAGAGGAGGAUGGAAAGGGGAAGAAAAUGAGACAUCAGUGGCCUUCUGAGGAAGCCUCUAUGGAUCUGGUGAAGGAUGCCAAAAUCUGUGCCUUCCUUCUUAGAAAAAAACGAUUUGGGCAAUGGACCAAACUACUGUGUGUUAUCAAAGAAAACAAACUACUGUGUUACAAAAGCUCCAAGGACCAGCAGCCCCAGAUGGAGCUGCUCCUCAAUGACUGCAGUAUCACCUAUAUUCCCAAAGACAGCAAAAAGAAGAAGCAUGAGCUGAAAAUCUCUCACCAAGGAGCGGAUGCCCUGGUUCUGGCAGUGCAGAGCAAAGAGCAGGCAGAACAGUGGCUAAAGGUUAUAAAAGAUGUGUGCAGCAACUGUACAGGAGCUGUAGACUCUGAUGGGCCGUUGUCCAGUUCUCCAGUACACAAAGUGGAGCUGGAAAAGAAGUUGUCAUUUGAGAGGCCCAGCUCAGAUGGGGAAGGUGCUGUGGAAAAUGGCAUCACUACUGUGUGCAAUGGUAAAGAACAAGUAAAGAGGAAAAAAAGUUCGAAAACAGAAGCCAAGGGCACGGUGACUAAAGUAACAGGGAAAAAAAUAACGAAGAUCAUUGGUUUAGGAAAGAAAAAGCCAUCAACAGAUGAACAGACCUCAUCAGCUGAAGAAGAUGUUCCAACAUGUGGAUAUCUCAACGUGCUCUCUAAUAACCGUUGGCGUGAGCGCUGGUGCAGAGUGAAAGACAAUAAACUCAUUUUCCACAAGGACAGGACUGAUCUGAAGACACACAUUGUUUCUAUCCCGCUCCGUGGCUGCGAAGUCAUCCUGGGGCUGGAUUCGAAGCAUCCCCUGACCUUCCGCCUGCUCCGGAACGGGCAGGAGGUCGCUGUGCUUGAGGCCUCCUCCUCCGAAGACAUGGGCAGAUGGAUAGGAAUUUUGCUGGCAGAAACAGGAUCUUCAACAGACCCUGGAGCUCUGCACUACGACUACAUCGACGUGGAAAUGACAGCAAGCGUCAUCCAGGCUGCAAAACAGACCUUCUGUUUCAUGAACAGGCGGGUUAUAUCUACAAAUCCGUACCGGGGAAGCACUGCCAAUGGCUACGCCUGUCCGAGUGGAAUGGCACUUCAUUACGAUGAUGUUCCCUGCAUAAAUGGAUCGUUUAAAGGCAAGAAGCCUCCUGUGACUACUAAUGGGAUCACCGGAAAAGCAAGAACCUUAAAUAGCCAGCCGAAGAAAUCUGAAACAGUUUCCAGUGUGAAGCGCACUGCAUCCAAUGCAGAGCAGUACAAAUACGGCAAGAAUCGUGUGGAGGCAGAUGCAAAGAGAUUACAAAGCAAAGAGGAGGAGCUGCUAAAGAAAAAAGAAGCCCUCCGGAAUAGGCUGGCCCAGCUCCGGAAAGAAAGAAAAGAUCUGCGUGCUGCCAUUGAAGUCAAUGCUGGCAGGAAGACCCAAGUGAUUCUUGAAGACAAGUUAAAGAAGCUGGAAGAGGAGUGUAAGCAGAAGGAGGCUGAGCGUGUAAACCUGGAGCUAGAACUGACUGAGGUGAAGGAGAGCCUGAAGAAGGCCUUGGCUGGUGGCAUCACACUGGGCUUGGCUAUUGAGCCCAAAUCAGGAACGUCAAGUCCACAGUCUCCAAUUUUCAAGCACCGAACUUUGGAGAACUCUCCAAUCUCCAGCUGUGACACCAGUGAUACUGAAUGCUCCAUCCCUGUGAACAGCGCAGCAGCUCUGAAGCGACCUCCCUCGUCAAACAAUUCUCCAUGUCGAGGCCAUGUCCUUCGAAAAGCAAAGGAAUGGGAGAUGAAAAAUGGAACAUAAACAUAGCAAAGCCACUCACUUUCCAUAAAGGCCUUACCUACUACAGACCAAGACAUAGGCUGCAAAGGACUCACCUGAAAGGUCACAUCAAGUGAUAAAACAUAAGAAGUUUUAUAACUCUGUUAAGUUAAUGGUAGCUUGGCGCUAAUUUGCCUGUAUUCCCUCUACUGUAUUGCUGUGUAACUACGUGUGCCCCUUUUUAUUAGCUGUAACUCCUUGUUUCCAACUUCACUGGUAAAGAAAAUGAAAACCAAAAAACCCAACCACAGGAAUUAAAAAGGAGCAUAAAGUCACAGUUGAAAGUUUGCUUUGCUGAGCCAGCAAAGAACCAGCAGUGUUAAUUACAGUGCAUCAGACGGCCAGAACACUGCUGAAGACUGGUGUGAAAUCUUGACUCUCACAGGUUAAAACUGCCUUCUGAACUCUGCCACAGAGCAGGUCUGGCUCCUCAGCAGAGGCUUUGCUGGUGGCUGCUCGCUCACAUGGCAAAACAAAACUGAAGAGAUGUGUUGGCAGAAGCAGCAGUGCCUGCUCGGCCCAGGAGCUCUGCAUGCCGCCGCCCUCGGGGGCAUGACAACAACCACUGGUGAAGCGUUUUUGGGAACUUUUUAGACAGAUGCUUUUGUCAUGGGGAGAUGAAAAGCUGCCAGACUUUGAGACAGAUGCAUUUUUCUGUGUUCUCUUUAUUGCUGUUCUAAAGCACCAGUCAUUUUCAAAGGUCAUGUUCUUGAACUAUGACUUGUUCCUGAUUUUUUUAAAAGGCAAACAGGUAUUUUUAGAUACUGCUUCUUUUCUAUACAUUUUGAAGAAGUAAAAGGAAACAAUUUAAAUUAGUCCUCAACAGAUAAUGGCAACUCAGAAUAACUUAUGCAGUCAAUCUUGUUUUGUUUUUUAUAAUAUAGUAUUGUUAAACUUGAGGUAUAGAACACUGCUGUACUUAGUUUCCUUUGUCUUUUCAGACCUCAGCUAUUAUUUUUGAGGAAGAUGGACUGAAAAGGUGAUAAUUUUCAGAUUCUUUGAUAAACAGUUUAACAAAUAAUUGGGGAUUUUCUCAAACAGGACUCCAUUUCUGUUUACUAGGAAACAGCAUCUUGCAUUUUAGCCCGUAAAAUUAUAAAAAUCUGUUUUCUUUGUCUGUCUCCAUCCCUGUAAUUCCCGAGAAAUUACAUGCAGUAAAUUGCCACUGAAGCCCUUAAAAAUCUCAAGAUUGGUUUUAAAAAAUCAGAAGGGGGUUAGGGGAAGAAUGUAUAAUAACAUGGCUUCUUUUAAGUUCUUUCUCUUUUGGUUUUUUUUAGGCCUUUGGAGAGCUUUCAAUCAUACUCUCAAGAUUUUUUUUCUUCCUCAACUGUGAGGAGUAGAAAAUUAAUUAAAAAAAUUACCUCAAAAUAUGAGUAGUAUUUUAAUCACAGAUGUUAGGGCUGGAGUCUUAAUAAUUAGUUAAGACUGCAGUUAAAAUCACAGAAGUUGGAAAGACAGCAAUUAUCAAGGAUCCCUUCAGGGCAAAGCCUGCAGAUUAUUUAGGAAUGGGUGUGUGCAACUCCUGGGGGAUCCACUGGGAUUCUCAGCUGAGCUGGAUGCCAGAGGACUUCCUGCAGGAGCUUGUGGGAUUUGAAGGCACAGAGCUAUCAAAAGCUCCUGGCAGGACACAGGGGCUGUGUCCUGUUCCCAAAUGCAUUUAGGGCCAGGGGUCCCCCUGACCUUUGCAGUGUAGAAAUGGGGCCCAGCAUGAGAAAAGGCUCUUUGCUUCUUGUGACUGUACUUAGUGCAAAGUGCCACAGGAAUGCAGAUACAGUAGGAAAGCAAGUGUCAGUGUGGUUUUCAUUGAAAACACAAUUUUUUAAUUUUAGUUUAGGUCACUUAUUAUUGACUCUCUAACUAGAGGGCACAUUCUGUACUGUAUGACUAUGGACUAAACAGCAUCAAAUGCCCAUAAAUAAUAGCGGAAACAAAUUUGAAGCAAAAGUAAGUUCAUUUAGGCUUUUUAUUUCAAAUUAAGUUAUUUAUUUGUAUAUUUCAAUAAAUAUUUAAUUUAUAUCUGUACAUAUUUAUAAUGCAAAUUAGGCUUCUAGUCAACGUUAGCAAUGAUGUAACAGUUGCCAUUAAGAAGUGGUCCCACAUCAAAUAAUGCAGAGUAGUCAAAAGCCAGAUCAGUUCUCUCAUUUACCCAAUAUUGGCAUUGUCUCUCCACUCCCUUAUCCCAU